AUGGACGGCGAAAAUCACCCAUUUGAGAAGACGGUCAACAGCGCACAAUCAACCGGGAUGGUAACCCAGACAGACUCCGGGCAGCAUCAGCAGCUCCACGAGGGACAGCCUUUGGGGGGCGUUCCCCAGUUCCCGGACGUACACCAAGUGAAGCACUUCACCGGGCAGUCCGAAACCAUUUUCCCCCAUGGAGACUUAUACGUAAUUCUCCUCGACUCUCGGAACACAAUGCUCGCUGGCUUCCGCGUAUCCUCCCAGAUCUGCCGGGUUGCUUCGGCACCAUUUGCGAAGUUGAUCGAUACAGAGUUGAGCGGGCAGGAUGGCUGCAAGUGCAUCUUCGUCCGUCUCUUACCUGGAUCAUGGAGAAUUGACAGGCAAGCCCUCCGCUGCAUACUUUCGGUCUUGCACCACACCAACAAAGAUCAGUACAUGAAACUCGACGUUAAAGAGCUUCUUCGAGUCUCGGAAACCAACCUUCUCCUGAAGUCUUUGGAUAGGCUCCAGUUUGAUGUCAACGAACGACUGGUACGAGCUUGCUCGCAAAUUUGGUCUUUCGAGGGCCUCCUGGACACCCAGAGCGAAGGAUAUCUCAUCGCCGGACGGCUCUGUCUCAGCUGCGGACGGCGACACCAGUUCAACGCCAAGGCCUGCCACAUUUGUAACAACAAAAAUCUGUACGAUGAUGUCUGUACGAAAAAUUCUCGAGUCGGCGAGUACUUCAGGAUCCUCGCGCUCCAGACGCUGUGGCCCACCGAUAUUUUGAACCCGGACGAUGCCACUCUCUCGACGAUUUCUCAGCGCGUCAGCAAAUUGACGAGCUGCAUCUCGCAUAAAUGUAGCGGCGGUUCCAAAUGCCCCCUGGUUGUCCACAUCCGCGCUCUACAAGGUCAUUUGAACCGAAGCAUGGACGAUUGCGCUCAGAGUAACACUUCGAUCAGCAUGACGGAAGGUGGCGGUGCUAUCGCGGAUGCGGUGUUCGAGAAUCUUGACGAGGACCAGAUCUGA